AUGAUUCCUUAUAACUCUACAUUUACAUUUAAUUUAUUUGAAACAUCAAAUAAUCCCAUAUACACAUCCACUUCAUUUGAUACACUAAAUUCGACAACGGUGGCGCCUACCAACAAUACUACAAAGGAAAAAAUUUAUUUUAAUUUCAUCAACGAUGCAUCGCUUCUUGAUGGCCAAUUCGGAGAUCUAUUAUUGAAUGUGUUCCAUGAUGCAGGAAUAUGUUACGAGCAUGGAAUUGGCGUCGAAACGGACCUCUUCAAAGCAUUCUCUUGUUACGACAUUUCCGCUCAUGGGGAAAAUCAAAAAGCUCAAUGCAUGGUAGGUUACUGCUACGACGUUGGCAUCGGCACUUUAAUGAACAAAUCAAAAGCGCUCGAAUGGUAUGAAAGAUCCGCCAUGAAUGGUGAAUUAAUUGGCCAAUACAACUAUGCAAACUUUUGUUUUAAUGGUACCGCCACCAGACGAGAUCGCAACAAGGCAUUCUACUGGUAUUCUAAAUCAGGCCACGCCGGCUACGACUACUCGCAGUAUCGGUUAGGAUGUGCGUAUCAAUCAUUUGGUGCUGGUGCUAAUAAAGAUAUGCAUGAAGCUAUUCGAUGGUAUCGUAAAGCAUAUGUACAAAAUAACUUACCAACUUUGAAAAAGAUACCCUUGGUGUUUGGUGCGUCGGAUGUUGAUUAUGUUUAA